CUCCAUUGCAUAAAAUUGACAUGUCUUCGUAUGAUUAUACAGAAAUAGUGUAUUAAGAAACCAAACCUUUGAAAACUGACCAUUCUUUUCAAUUUGAUCACAUUAAAAAGUAUUCAAGUGCCUGAAUCUGAGGAGUGGGGUGAUUCGCGGGGUAGCGGGGAAACCCUGUGAUACUCGCGGAAUCCAUAUUCCGAGAUUCUUCACACGCCCCUUUUUGGUAAGCAUCGCUAAAACCCAAGACUGUAACAUACCCAUACCUUACCUUCAAUUGAUCUCUGCUUAUUGCUGUUGCAUCUCAAAAUAAAGCAACCAUGAUCACCAACAAACUAGCAAUAGCCAGCCCAUCGCUAGGCCUCCACCCAUCUCACACCCUACCCAACAAAAUCCUCGCAGUAGCUCAGAACGGUAUCCAAGGCGUAGAAGUCACCUAUCCAGACCUCGAAGCCUACGCUACCACUUCCUCGAUCUCCAUGUUAGACGCGGCUUCAAGAAUCAAGAAUCUUUGCGCGGAAAAUGGCAUCACCAUCCUCUCCUUCGCAUCGUUUCAAAAUUUCGAAGGCCACGCUUCGCCUCUGAAGGAGAGACUCGCUGAAGCAAGCAACUGGCUCGCCAUCAUAAAAGCCCUUGGUGCCGAGUAUCUCCAGGUUCCUUCUUCGUACGAUGUGAAUAUAAACCGUGACCACCACGUCAUUAUUUCCGAGUUGCGGCAGCUUGCUACUUUAGCUGCAGCAGAGAAACCAGUUAUCAAGAUCGCAUACGAGAAUCUGGCUUGGUCAACGCAUUGUUCCCUCUGGCAAGAAGCGUUGCACAUUGUUAAUGAAGUCGGAAUGGAAAGUUUUGGGCUCUGUUUGGAUAGUUUCCAUAUCGCUGUCGCGCUGUGGGGAGACCCGUACCAUCCAUCGGGUUGACAAUCCAACGGGGAUGAAAAGCUACGCGAAUCUUUAAAGGACUUUGUGAAGAAUUGUCCGGUGGAGAAGAUCUUUUAUAUUCAGUUAUCGGAUGGCGAGAUC